GCCGCCCAGCGAGUGCGCGUGCGCGCCGCCUUGCCAGCGGGCGGAGGCAGGGAAGCGGCGCUAUCAAGAUGGCGGCGCUGGGACGGCUGUUUCUAACCACUCACCAGCCAAGCCUGGUUGCUGUCAGAUGGGCUUCUAAGAAAAGUGGGGGCAGCUCGAAAAACCUGGGUGGCCGCAGCCCAGGGAAACGCUAUGGCUUCAAAAAAACCGAAGGUGCCUUUGUCCACGCAGGGAACAUUCUGGCCACGCAGCGGUUGAUCCGCUGGCACCCCGGCGCCCACGUGGGGAUGGGCCGGAACAAGACCCUCUAUGCCCUGGAGGAUGGCAUUGUGAGAUACACCAAGGAGGUCUACGUGCCCCCACCCCGCAGCAGCGAGAGCAGGGAUGUGAUCUGCCAGCUGCCCAAAGGAGCAGUCCUUUAUAAAACUUUUAUCAGUGUUGUCCCCACCACAGAGGUAGGAAGCUUCAAACUCGUCAACAUGCUGUGAACCUGCAGUGUCACCUGGGCGUGGAUGGAAAGGACAGACCAUUACAGCUAUACUGGCAUCUGAGGACAAGAGUGGCUCUGAAGGAUUUGGUUUUGUUCCUGAAGUGCCUGUGAUCUGUGUUCAGGCACUGAGAUCACCUGCUGGCAUUUUUAUGAGUGUUUAAUAAAUGCUGUGGGGCAGCUGAAGGUCUUGGCUGCUCAUGGAAUGUAUUA